CAGAGUGUCUAAAAAGCCUUUCAGAUAUUUCUCUUGAUUUUUGCUUUUCAAUUCCUCUCUAUAUCAUUUUUCUACCGCCGCACCAAAGGCCCCCACCAGCAGCCAGUCCUUCCCCCACCACUCAGUUAGAGACGGAAGAUUCUCAGUUCUUUCAGGAUGCGCAGCAAGUCAAAACUACCCCAAACUCUCAAGGCACUGUGCUGACAAUGGCUGGUUUAUUUGUGGUUGGUGUCAUUUUGAUGCUCAGUGGUGUGAUAGUUUUAUGUCAGCAUUCCGAAACGUUAUUCAUCAUAACUGGGUGUCUAUUUCUCGGAACUGGUUUCACGAUGUUAUUUGUAUGUGCUCUUCUGCAAAGAAAAAAUAUUACAAAGUGCAUCCUUCACAUGAACAGCGAUUAUUAUUUUGCAAACCCCAAUACGACUCAUCCAUGGAAUAUCUUAUUUGAAGAACCUAGAAUUCAAAAAUAA